GUCAAUAAGCCUCCGGCACCAUCGUCGUUCCCUGAUCCGAGUCAGUUUGCCAUGCCUGCUAACAUCCCACCUCCAAGCAGCUUUCCACUACCACCCACUUCGUUCCCGCCUGCUCCACCCGUAUUCACACCACUGUCCACAUCUACACCAAUGACUCAACCACAGACCUCCAAUGGACACGCUGAUGGACAUUCUCACUCUCACGAUGGACAUUCACACGAAGGCCAUGGCCAUAGCCAUGCACCAUCACCAGCCCCAGCUCCAGCUUCUGCGCAACAAAAUUACCCAACUCCGCAAACUCCCACCCAGCCCACCGAUUAUAACGCUUAUCAACAGCAGCAACAACAACAGCAGUAUUCACAAUACCGACCUCCAUCUACAAUGGCUCCAUCUUACCAAACCACAGGAGCUCCUUCUCCUGUCCCAUACACGUCUGCUGCCUACACUAUGCCAAUGACGAGCUAUCCUCCCCCAGUUCCCUCGUCUUUGCCUCAGCCACCACAGCCCUUGCCGCCCAAUUUGCAACCAUCGUCCACUCAAAGCUAUUUCCCACCUCCACAGCCGCCAAAUCUCACACCUUCGAUCCCGUCUGGUAUCCCAUCAGUUGUGCCCUCGAUGUUCGCCACUGGCGCCGCUAACGCCACCAGCAAUGCGUACACUCCACCACCUCCGAUUAACUUUCCAAUGCCCUCUUUGAGUUCCAUUGGGAUUACGCAAUUAGCAGCUCCGCCGACAACUUCGGCCGCAGAAAAUUAUCAGCAGCACUAUGGAGCUGGUCCAACUCCGCCACAGUUCUAUUCCGUCCCGCAGCCGCAACAGUAG